GGUUAAUAGCAAUUUUAAACUGUUUUUCAAAUUUUUUCGGGUUUGACCGGUGAAAAUCAUGAAUCUACAGUAUUUGAUAUUAUUUUUGGCACUUGUGUGCAGCUCUAGCACCUUUAAGGUGGGCCAAAAAUAUGUAUAUAACUAUCGUUUAAACACUUUGCAAAGCUUGUCAUCUCGAAGUGGAGCUUCAACUUGGGCUCGAUUGAAUCUUGAAGUUACACCAAUAACAUCAACGGAGGAACAAUUGUCUCUAAGAUUUAAGAUCUCUUCCAUCGCAAAUCAACUUGGACCCUUCACCGAGCCAACUGAGGCAACUGAUCCUAAUUAUGGCCUUACAAGUGAAUUUGUGGGUAACUAUAAUAAGGGUAAAGUUGAGAUUAAAGUUGCUUCAAAUGAUGGUAGAAGUGCCGUUGGCUUGAAGAAAUCAAUUUCUUCGUUGUUUAAUGUUCAAAAGAAUGGCGAGACUUCGUUGAUUGAAGAUUCACCGGUUGGCAGCUGUAAUACAAUUUACUCAGUCACUCGUGGACCAUCAGCAGGCUCAUACAACUUAACCAAAACUCGUAAUUAUGAAAAUUGUACUCAGAAUAUUGAAUUUUCGGGUAAAAAGUUUUCAUCCCCUGAGUUCCAUAAAUGCACAAAGAAUCCCGAGUAUUCAAUUCCUUGGGUUAGUCGAAGCUCAAUCUUUACUUAUAGCAUCAAUGACGGAGCAAUUAAAAGCUGUGAAUCAAUUGAAAGUGUAAGUUUUGCUCUUUUUGGACACAAAUCUUCAUCGUCAGUUGAAAUUAAGGGUAACCUUAAUCUGGAAAGUUCAACAGCAGCAGCAGCUUCUGCCUUUGAUCAAACUAAUUUGAUUACAGUUCAAGUAGCUGGGAAGUCAGAUUCAAAAACAAAGGAAUCUUUCGAUUCAGCUGUGGUUGACCUUAAUGAACCAUCUAAAUAUGUAAUGUGGCCUAAACAAGAAGUCGCCAACAUUAUUAAGACCAUGGAAACACUAAGCAGCUCCGUUGAUUUAGGUAUGAGCUCAGCAGCUUUACAAAAUGACAAUUUCACCAUGGAUUUCAUUGAGCUGCAAUUGUCCAUCAGUCGUCUCAGUUUAACCGAGCUUCAAUCUUUAUAUUCAACCAUAAAGAGCCGAUCAGAUGCAGUACCAAAGAUAUUUUUAGACACUUUAAGGUAUACACCAAGUAACCCUGUCUUCUCGUUUGUCAAGUCAUUCGUUAAGAGUACAGAUGCACGAGAAAAAUAUGCCCUUCGAGCUUACUUCCAAACAAUCCCAUUCCGUGAACUCAAAGUCUCCAAAGCUUUACUUGACGGUUAUCUUGACCUAUGUAAGCAAACUCUUGGUACUGGAAUGGAAGCAACCUGUUUCUUUUCCAUGGCCAAUAUUCUGCAAGUUCAUUGUAGUGAUUCUCCAAUGAAAACAGUUGAAUCUUGUAAUCCCAAAAUAUCAGUUGCUUACUAUAACAAAAUGAUUGCUGUGAUCCGAGAGAUUAUACCAGCUAGUGAUGACCGUGAUAUGCUUGAAAAUGGUAUUUCAAAUAACGUCUACAACGAGGAAUCACUUAAACUGCUUCUUAGUCGUAUUUCUGACCCUCGGUUACAUGUCCGACGAACAGCUACUGUUGCUUUGUUUGGCCAUCGAUUUGGUCCUAAAUCAGUUGUUAAUGUUCAAAAUGUUUUGUUUGGUAAAAUUAUGGACCGUAAAGAAGACCAUGUUGUACGAAUUUACGCUCUUUUGGUUUACAUGAAAACAAACCCUCCUCUAAGCCAGUUCAGAGCAGUAAUCAGAUACAUUUCCGAUCCAAGUGAAGAUGAGCAAGUUGCCCAUUAUACAUUGAGCUUGAUGAAAAUGAUGAAACACUCCGAGAAUCCAUGUUAUGCAGGUUUUAGUUUACUCGCUAGAUACGCAAUGAAAGAGCUGAAACAAUGGAAGGGUCGAUUCGCACAUACUACAUUAGCACUGUCAACUGCAAGGGUUUUAGAAUCGUAUGAUAAAGAGUUUGCCUUUGGUGGAUCAACGGUGAUUAGUUACAUUCUUAAUAAAAAAUCAGCUUCCACCAGUUUCUAUGUUGAGGAAAAGAUGGUCGUCAAUGGGUACACUGGAGGUCAUUUGGCUAUGCUUUGGGAAACUUUCCCAGAAACCAAGCCCAAUGGUUCAGUAACAAUAAAUCCAAAAACCACUGGUUAUGAUGAGAAUGCUGCCGCAAUCAUCCAAACAAUGGCUUCAAUCUGGAAUGGUACACCUAAACCAGCACCUGUUACAAACAAUAAAAUGAGAUUAAGCUUCAUGAUCAAUGGUAGGGUUGUUGAUUCAAUUGACCCAAUGCAAUUGCUUGAGAUUUUUACCUCUAUGACUCCAAGUAUCAACAAGUUCAUGAUUGGACAACAAUUUUACAAUUACAUUCCAAGUGAACAUGGAUUUACUCUAUUUAACUUGAUGGUUUCUGGUAAUGGAUUAUUUGCCAGAACUGGAGCAAUGGACAUUGACAAGAAACAAAAUGGAGAAAUUUUAUUCCGCGCUUCUCUUUCACCAACCGUUCGUCGAGAUAUUGGAGCUUACACUCUAACUGGAUUAAAAUCACCCAUUGGCUCAGAUAGAGCAGGUAUUAUGACAUCAAUCCAACGAACCCACCGAUUACCAUUGAACAUCAGCUAUGCUGUAACCAAGAAAACAGCUCAUCUCAAGUUUAAAAUGCCAACAGAAGCGACUGACUUUAUGUUUUAUCGAAUGAAUGCUUAUACUUUCAAUGAUAAAACACCAAUUGGUUCAGUACGAUCAACAUUGAAACCCCUGUUUACAGAUUUUAGUGGAAAACAAGAAAAUGAUUUAGUGAAAAGUAAAACCUAUUGGAAAGGUUUUCUUGGAAAUGGUUUGAGAAUGACUACAACAAUUAACAGACCUCGACCCAUGGAUGGUUUAGGUUACAGAUACAUGUUACUUGAGAAAUCAUUGUACAAUGAUGAUAUUCGGUUGGUAAGAAUGAAAUUUGAAUAUGGUGGUGUUAUUGUUCCAAUUGAUUGGAGGUUGACAUUCUUGCCUGAUCCCAAAGUGAGCGAGUUAACUUUUGCCUUUAACAGGUCAUUAGACAUAACUGAUGACGCCCGAUCAGGUGAAUAUCAGAUGACUGUCCUGAAAAAUAGUGAAACCAUCAUUUCAACUCGAGUAUCAUACACUUAUUCAACUGAUUUCUUGAACCAUUACCUUCGCCUCUAUUACAACAAUUAUCUUAAAAAUAUCCACACCUGUAUCAAGGGUGACAUUUUUGCUCCAAAGGUAAAUUACGCUCGGUACACAUCAAUUGAUAACACAGCCAAUCUUGAAGACAAACUCCACUUCAAUGGUAGCAUCUACUUUGAUCAAUCAUGUUCAAAGAAAGACAUUAUCGUUAAGGGUGAAUUCAGUCCUUCUGAAGCUCAAAAAGAUCCCAAAUAUUCACGAUUAUAUUCCCAAUCAUGUGGUAAAAAUGGCUUAGCAACAAACAAGAUUCCUUAUUGUGCUGGUUACCAUUACCAUACUGGUGAACUGCGAUCAGUCAAGGUUCAUGUUACACAUAAAGAUGUUCCCGCUUACUUCUGGAGGUAUGUAACCUGGUUCCACAAUAAAGGUAUCCAAAAGUAUGCUGACCAAGUUAAAUAUCGAGCUUCCAAUGAAGUUACUGAUCCAACGGUCACUUUAAUAACUGCCAAUUCAACAUGGUUUACUCCAUACAAAUACAACGUCUCAUACAAAAUGGUUGAUCGCGAAGAGUUUUGGGAAAAUAUUCCAUCAACUGGAUUGAGCUGGCCAAACUCAUUUAGCUUGUUUGACUUCCAUGUCUAUCAAGCUUUCCACCGAACCUUGAGAGAGCCCUAUUGUUACAUUCAAAAAUCCCGAGUCCGAACUUUCGAUGAGUCCUCGACCAAUGUGACUGUUAAGCCAAAUUGCUUCAAAACACUACUUAUGGAUUGUACUCAAAAGGAUAAAUUCACUGUAUUAUUCUCCCAGGAUGCUGAAGGAAAAUUAGAGACAAUCGAAAUAUAUUUGGCCUCACCGGCUACAAAACUGGAAAUUUCUCCUAAAACCAACAUAAUCAAGUCAAACGGAGCACCAGUUGAUCUAACUGCAAAAGACGCAGCAUCCAAAGGAUUUGAAGUUAAAGAUUUUGGCAUCUAUAAGCGGGUUUCACUUGUCAAGGAUUACAUCAAGAUUUACUACGAUGAUGUUGGUAUAUUAGUUAGAUCAUCCAAAAUGCAUUACAGUCAACUUUGUGGACUCUGUGGUAAUAUGAAUGGCUGCAGUCAUGAUGACCAUGGAGAUCAUCACCAUUCCCAUAAUCAUUCAGAGUAUCUUUGGCUGACUAAAGAUGCCCGUAACACAGCCCCUGCAUGUGUUCAACAAUAGAAAACAAAAAGAUGGAUAAAAAGCGACAUUAAAAAUCAAUACACAAUAACAUUUACCUUUUAAUUGAAAUGUACUUUUUUCUGUUUUUGCCAAAAAAUUCAUUACCUCUAAUGAUUAUAGCAUUUUUUAACCAAUAAAAUAUCAAACCUUUGAAUCAAUAACAA